AUGGCAGAGAAGCUAGGCAUUGCUGGAGCCUUGCAGCGCCCUACUACUUCAAUCAUGUUUGGAGAUGCAACUUCUAAGUCUCCUCUUGGAGUGUUCAAGAACUAUCACUUGAAAAUUGGAGAAUGCAUCAUCCAAACUGAUCUCACUGUGAUGGAAAUGGAAGAAGAGAAGGAUUACCUUGUUAUUGGGAACCCCUUUCCUUACCUAGAGGUUCAGACUUUUGUGCCACAAUUGACAGUACCACUCUCAGUUCUAAGAGUCAUGGAGCUACAAAGGCCACGAGCUGAUAGACUUGUUCAAGCCCCUUGUGUGCUUGAUGAAGAGAGCCUUCAAGCUUUGUUUGAUGAGCCACUAGGAAGGGCUCUAAAAGAAGGGGAGGAUGUAGCCUCUAAGGCAAGACCAGGUGAUAAAAGAAAGGAUCCACCAGCUCAGGCCCCUUCAGUCAAGCCAUCUCAGCUCACAAUGACCUUGUUCCCCACCAAGUUUGAAAAUGGGAAGAUUGAGUACAAGAUAAGGUACAAGGGGAGAUCAAGGCCAUUCUCUAGAGCCAAGGCCUUGGUGACUUCAGAACAGUCCAGGGACCCAACCAAGCUAAAGGAGCUUCUGUCUCAAGUCCUCACUAUCACCCUUGAUGGUGGGACUAGCUCAACCAAUGCCUAA